AUGAAGAUGCAAUCUAGAGAGCCAGCUGAAGCUAAAACAUCCUUAGUUAGUUGGAAUGAGUUGAUUGGAGGGGCAUUUGUACAAGGAAUUGGAUAUUUUAUGCUUGAAGAAUAUCUUACAAAUGAAGACGGACUGAUGGUUACAAAUAGCACUUGGACAUAUCAUAAACCGACGAUUGACACCACACCUAAACGUUUGAACGUUCGUGUGCUAAACAGUGGACAUCACAAAAAACGUAUUAUAUCGUCUAAAGCUUCUGGUGAACCACCAUUGCUUCUAGCAGCUACAGUCCAUUCUGCUAUAAGAGCAGCCAUUAGAGAAGCCAGAAAACAGCUAAAAAGUUGGGACAAGUUCGAUAAGUUUGCUUCAAAAUUCUAUCUGGACGUACCUGCUAUAAUGCCGGUUGUGAAGACAACUAUCGGCCUGGACUACGUGGAGAAAUACUUGGAAACUUUGAUCAACAAACCAUCCACCUAA